AAUUGGUGGGAUCCUUCUUCAAAGAAAUGACCUCAUACAUACACAUGGUAUUCAUGUACCUCUGAAGUCGUUUCGUUCAUUGAAUGCCUGUUCCUCUCUGCGACUGAGUUUGAGUAAACUUGAGGGAACAUGGAAGACGAGGUAAAUCACCAGCGGAUCCAAACAAACGGUAUAUGGCUGCACGUAGCAGAGAAGGGGAGUGGCCCCCUUGUUCUUCUCCUUCACGGGUUCCCAGAAAUUUGGUAUUCCUGGCGCCACCAGAUGACCUUCUUGGCCAACCAUGGAUACCAUGUUGUUGCUCCUGAUUUGAGAGGAUAUGGCGACUCUGAUUCUCCUCUUAGUCCAAGUUCCUACUCUGUUUUCCAUAUUGUUGGUGAUCUCGUUGGUCUUCUCGAUCAUUUUAGUGUCCAACAGGCCUAUGUGGUGGGACACGACUGGGGAGCUGUUGCUGCUUGGCAUCUAACCCUGUUCAGGCCUGAUAGAAUCAAGGGGCUGAUUGCCUUAUCAGUUCCAUAUCUUCCCAGAGAUCCAAAGUUUAAGCCCCUUCAACGUUUUAUAGAAAAUUUUGGAGAUGGGUUUUACAUAUCUCAGUUUCAGGAACCUGGAAGAGCAGAAAGGGCUUUUGCUAGGUAUGACUAUUUGACAGUCAUGAAGAAGUUUUUGCUGAUAAUGAAGAAGGAUAAUCUAAUAGCUCCUCCUGGUAUGGAGAUCAUUGAUUACUUGGAGACACCAUCGAUUCUACCUCCAUGGAUAACUGAAGAGGAACUCCAGGUCUAUGCAGACAAGUUUGAGGAAUCUGGCUUCACUGGUUCUUUGAACUACUAUCGCUCCAUGGACAUGAACUGGGAGCUACUUGCACCUUGGCAAGGAUUGAAGAUUAAUGUUCCAACGAAGCUCAUGGUUGGUGACAAAGAUAUAGGAUUCCAGUCUAAUAAUUUAAGAGAAUACGUACAAGGAGAUAUCUUCAAGAGCAUCGUCCCUAACCUGGAAGUUGUUAUCAUAGAUGGCCACCAUUUUAUCCAACAUGAGAAAGCUCAAGAAGUCUCAGAUGAAAUCCUUUCCUUUCUUCGUAAACUAUCUCAAGAUCAGUGAACCAUGCCGGUACUGGAGCAAUUGAGGCUAGUCAUCAUAUAAGCUAUUUUCUGUAUUACUUAAAGAAUAAAAUAUGGACUAUGUUUUGGCCCCAAGCAAACAAUCUUUAGUUUCUUGUAUGGGGUUUACACCUCACCCACCAUAUGUUAUGUUUCUUUUUGUUAUGCAGUU